GGUGGCACUGCUCCCCGACUUCCAGCUGAGCGGAAAAGCUCCAAUAAUGUUUUAGCAGAGGAGGGCUCGUCUCAAGAGCCACUCUCGUUGUCGUCAAGUCGUGUCGAUGCUUUUUGUGGAUUGAGACCAUUCCGAGUGCUCCCAAGUCGAAGUUCGAUAAAGCUCCUUUGAGAAUGGCAAACGACGCGGAUACGGAAACGCCGGCGUCGCUUCUUUUGUGGACCCUACUCGAAGUCAGCGAGAGAGCCGCGCGAAUAGCUCGGGAAUGUCGAUCAGAGAAGGAGCUCUUCGAGCUUCUAGUCCAGGAGAAGACCGGGAAAGAGCGGAAUACUCGUUUCCUCCACGAUUUCAAAACUUUGGCCGACGUUUUCAUUCAAGAGAUGGUCAAGCAUUAUUUAACGGAAAAGUUCCCGGUGCUGAGGACUCACAUACAUGGCGAAGAAACGAACGAGUUCACGAACGCGAAGGGGCAUCGGAUAUUUGUCGAGAUGAAAUCUACGGAGGGCGAGACAGCUCUGCUACUAGAGCAGGUCCUCGACGGGAAUGCGAGAGCAGCGGCUCUUCUAGCCCACGCAGCUCACGCAGAGCCUCGGGUCGAAGAGUCGGUUCGAGCAGACUUCGAGAGAGUUAGGCCGCAGCUACGGGGUCAGGAGAUUCCUCUGGACGAUAUAGGAAUAUGGAUAGACCCUAUCGAUGGGACUUACGAAUACGUUCGAGGCCUAUGGGAUGAGGAUUCCAAGGGAGGUUCUUCGGAAUUCGGGCUGAACUGUUGCACAAUACUUAUCGGAGGAUAUCGCAGAUCAUCUGGUGUCCCCUGCAUUGGCGUGGUCUCCCAGCCUUUCACAACCCCACAAGGAGGAUCCACGAUUUCGUAUUUCAGCUACGGAAAUGUGUCGAGCAUAAGAAGAAUGCCAUUGACAAGAGACAUCGUACUCUCGUCCACCGAAGAUCCGGAGACGAUAAAAAAACUGAGCGAAAAGUUCACCGUGAUGCACUGUGCAGGUGCAGGAUACAAGAUUCUGAAUGUGGCCCUCGGCUUGUGCAAUGUAUAUGUGUGCUCGAAGACGAGCACUUAUCGUUGGGACACUUGCGCUCCUCACGCUCUUUUGGAAGCUCAGGGUGGAGGCGUGCGGCAAUUCCUGACGGACGGCCCGAUUCUUUAUAACGUAGGCGACAAGGCAGCAGCUCGGAAUGCCGCAGGUAUCGUGGCGUACCGGGACGCGAAUGUUCUACAGAAAGUCCUGACUCUCUUGAGACAACAGGCUCCUUGAGCUCCUGAGAUCGCGGGGAGCUCCGUCGGCUCGUACCGACUUCACGUAGGAUAUGAACAGAUCCAUCACAUCGACCGAGAACCAGACGGUGGCACCACCUCGAUUCUAUUAGAUAAGCAUAGCCUGUUCACAUUCCAUUCAUGUUCCGAUCGAUAUGUUGUUCAAUCAAUUAUGCUAUACACAUGUUCCGCGUCUACAUCGUAACGCAAUGCUUGAUCGACUUGUUUAUCGGUGUUUUGAAUGUUGCAUGAUCUAUGGUACGGGUCCUUAAUAAUUGAAGAUCAACCAUUGAGGAUCAUCGUAAAUC